AUUAUCAGUCUUACCCAUUGGUUAAAUUCUUCCGAGCUCACAUGGGAAUUAUCAUAGACAGCUCCAGCCUACUCAAGUCUGACAUAUCUUCGUCUUCACUAUCCCACAACACAACAAUGGAAGAAGCAGACGUGGUAGUCAUAGGCGCAAGCAUUAACGGCCUCACAGCCGCGCAUACCUACCAUCGCUUGCAUCCCUCCGCCAAGCUCCUCAUUCUCGACUCUGCGCCCUCCAUCGGCGGGCCCUGGGCCCCCGAGCGUGUCUUCCCAGGUCUCAAAACUAACAAUCUAUGGGGCAUGUACGAGCAUCCUGAUUUUCCCAUGGAUCAAAAGCGCUUCGGCGUAAAGCAAGGGGCACAUGUUGAUGCAUCCAAAAUGUACGAGUACCUCUGUGCGUUUGCAGAGUGGGCGGAUAUCAAGCAAUUUAUCCGUCUGAACACGAUCGUCGAGGUGCUUGAGCAAGGGCAGGGCGAUGAAGAAAAGAGUUGGAUAUUGCAUUGUGUGCUGUCGUCAUCCUCAGCCGAGAAACAAGAGAUGGUGAUACGAGCUCAAAAGGUCAUUGUAGCAACGGGAAAUACGAGCAAGCCUUUGCUCCCAACAUACCCCACAUCGCCUACUUUCUCCUCGCCCGUCGUGCACACUCGGGAUUUCUCAGCUCACUAUGCGGAAAUUGCCAGACCGCAGACGCACACUGUAGUCGUCGGAUCCGGGAAAUCAGCUUGGGAUGUAGCCUACGCGUGUGCGACGCAGCCUUCUUCCUCAGCGACGCUCUUGAUCCGACCAGAUGGGAAUGGCCCCGUGUGGAUGGCACCCAGCCACGUGACGCCGUUUGGAAUGUGGUUGGAGAAACUGGUGCACACGCGGUUCUUCGGCUUCAUGUCGCCUUGCCCGUGGGCAACGACGACAGGAGCGGAAGGCUGGCUGCGCUACUUUUUGCACAAGACGUGGCUGGGCAGGAAGAUUGUAGCGGGGUUCUGGUAUGUACUUAGUGAAGAUGCAGUUUCGCUGAAUAAACUCGACGCCCAUCCCGAGACGAAGAAGCUGCGGCCCUGGAGAAGCGCCUUUGAAGUCGGAAAUGCCUUAUCCAUUCAUAACUACCCCACCAACUUCUUCGACCUCGUUCGCAACGGACAAAUCAGUAUUGUAUUCGAUGACAUAUCCGCUCUCAAGGACACUCACACCGUGCACCUCAAAUCCGGCACUACCCUCAUUGCCGACGCAAUCGUCUGCGCUACAGGCUGGCAAAAAGCCCACACAUUCCGCUUCGAACCCGCAUCUCUCGAACAUGACCUCGGCCUGCCAUGCCCUCCCACCCCCGAAGACCAAACUCUCAUCACCGCAUCCGAGACUGGUCUCUUCCGCGAUUUCCCUUACCUAUCCCAAAGAAACGUAACUCGCACAGGUCAUCCAGACCCGUUGCUGCGCGGUACACAGCAACCCCGUAGUGCAACAACGCAACCGUACCGUCUGCACCGCUUCAUCGCACCACCCCGGUCCCUCGCCCACCCUACCAUCGCCUUCGCAGGCGCCGUCCACUGCCUCGGCACCUUUCCUUGCGCCUACAUCCAAUCACUCUGGAUAACUUCCUUCCUCGACGGCACACUUUCACCCCCGUCUUCACCAGCCGAGCAAGACCGCGUGCUGAAGGAGGUAUAUCAGAAUAGUCAGUAUGGGGUGCAUCGGGGAGCGAUGAGUUAUGGGUAUAUUUUGCCGGAUCUUGUGUUUGAUACUUUGCCUUAUUUUGAUAUUUUGCUCAAGGAUUUGGGGCUGGGGGCGAGGAGGAAGGGAGGGGGCGUGAGGGAGUGGGUGGAGGGAUAUGGGCCCGAGGAUUAUCGGGGGUUGUUGGAGGAGGUGGAGGUGAGGAGGCGAUGGGAGGGUGUAUGAGUGUUUUUCCUUUCCUUUUUGAUUAGUGGAUGACUAUACUAUUUUAAAUUUGAGCCA